UGCAAGAACUGGUACAAAGAAUACCUACUGCAAUCGAGACAAUAGUGGACUAAGGACCAGCGCCACUGUUUUCUAUAAUAGUUAAUUAAUCUACUUAUCAGCUCAAGAAUGGGCAAGACAUAUCACUAUUUCGCUCUGUCCAGGAUGAAGAGAAAAGCUUGUAUCUUAUUCUUUGUUUUCAUCACAACAGUCAGUUCUCAAACGACCAAUUCAACAACAGACCCAACAUCAUCUAUUAGUACAGCUGACAACUCCACAACAAGACCUUCUACGACAGCAACACAAACAAAUGUAACUGCAAUCACUUCUGAGAUUUCCACUUACACCGCUGCAGGAGCUUCCACAACACCACCACACACAACAUUAUCUACAAUUACUCCAGUGACUUCCACAUCCACUGCUGAAGGAGCUUCCACAACACCACCACACACAACAUUAUCUACAAUUACUCCAGUGACUUCCACAUCCACUGCUGAAGGAGCUUCCACAACACCACCACACGCAGCAUUAUCUACAAUUACUCCAGUGACUUCCACAUCGACUGCUGAAGGAGCUUCCACAACAGCACCACACACAACAUUAUCUACAAUUAAUUCAGUGACUUCCACAUCGACUGCUGAAGGAGCUUCCACAACAGCACCACACACAACAUUAUCUACAAUUACUCCAGUGACUUCCACAUCCACUGCUGAAGGAGCUUCCACAACACCACCACACACAACAUUAUCUACAAUUACUCCAGUGACUUCCACAUCCACUGCUGAAGGAGCUUCCACAUCACUACCACACACAACAUUAUCUACAAUAACUCCAGUGAUUUCCACUUCCACCACUGCAGGAGCUCCCACAUCACCACCACAAACAACAGCAUCUACAAUUACUCCAGAAGUUCCCACUCCUACAGGAGCGUUCGCAUCCCCACCACACACAACACUAUCUACAAUUACUCCAGUGAUUUCCACAUCCACUGCUGAAGGAGCUUCCACAUCACCACCACACACAACAUUAUCGACAAUUACUCCAGUGAUUUCCACAUCCACUGCUGAAGGAGCUUCUACAUCACCACCACAAACAACAGCAUCUACAAUUAAUUCAGUGAUUUCCACUUCCACUGCUGCAGGAGCUUCCACAUCACCACAACACACAACAUUAUCGACAAUUACUCCAGUGAUUUCCACAUCCACUGCUGAAGGAGCUUCUACAUCACCACCACAAACAACAGCAUCUACAAUUAAUUCAGUGAUUUCCACUUCCACUGCUGAAGGAGCUUCCACAUCACCACAACACACAACAUUAUCGACAAUUACUCCAGUGAUUUCCACAUCCACUGCUGAAGGAGCUUCUACAUCACCACCACAAACAACAGCAUCUACAAUUAAUUCAGUGAUUUCCACUUCCACUGCUGAAGGAGCUUCCACAUCACCACAACACACAACAUUAUCGACAAUUACUCCAGUGAUUUCCACAUCCACUGCUGAAGGAGCUUCUACAUCACCACCACAAACAACAGCAUCUACAAUUAAUUCAGUGAUUUUCACUUUCACUGCUGCCGGAGCUUCCACAUCACCACCACACACAACAUUAUCUACAAUCACUCCAGUGAUUUCCACAUCCACUGCUGAAGGAGCUUCUACAUCACCACCACAAACAACAGCAUCUACAAUUAAUUCAGUGACUUCCACAUCCACUGCUGAAGGAGCUCCCACAUCACCAACACAAACAACAGCAUCUACAAUUACUACAGAAGUACCCACUCCUACAGGACCUUCCGCGUCACCACCACACACAACAUUAUCGACAAUUACUCCAGUGAUUUCCACAUCCACUGCUGAAGGAGCUUCCACAUCACCACCACAAACAACAGCAUCUACAAUUAAUUCAGUGAUUUCCACUUCCACCGCUGCAGGAGCUCCCACAUCACCACCACAAACAACAGUAUCUACAAUUACGCCAGAAGUUCCCACUCCUACAGGAGCUUCCGCAUCACCACCACAUACAACAUUAUCGACAAUUACUCCAGUGAUUUCCACAUCCACUGCUGAAGGAGCUUCCACAUUACCACCACAAACAACAGCAUCUACAAUUAAUUCAGUGAUUUCCAAUUCUACCGCUGCAGGAGCUCCCACAUCACCACCACAAACAACAUUAUCUACAACCACUCCAGUCAUUUCCACAUCCACCACUAGUGGAGCUUUCACCACAUCAUCACCACAAUUAACCACAUCCACCUCUGCUUCCACCGCUCCCUCUUCAACUGCCUUUGAAAGUUCAACUUUUAGUACAGCUGCAUCUACAAUACCAUCCACAAUAACAACAAACUCUGCUCAAACAUCCACCAUUAGUGGAGCUUUCACCACAACAGCAUCACAAACAACAUUAUCUACAACCACUCCUGUGAUUUCCACUUCCACCGCUGCAGGAGCUUCCACAACAUCACCACAAGCCACAGUAACUACAAUAUCAUCUUUGACAACUGCUGCACAAAAUGAGGUGUCAACAAGAUUGGUGUUUACCUCUUCUGACACGUUUACCAGUGAACUCAGCGAUCCAGCUUCUACAGAAUUCAAUACCAGGGCUAAUCAAGUGAAAGCAGCACUUGAACCAGUGUACAAGGCCCAGUAUGCCUCCUUCAUAAGACUAAUUGUUUUAUCUUUCAGAUCUGGAUCAGUCAUCACUGAAACACAGCUAGUCUUCAACUCUACACAGGCUAUACCAUCAUCUAAUGAAGUUGCAAACACUUUAAUAAGUGCAUCUAGUAAUGUCUCUUUCCUGAACAUAAAUACGUCAUCUGUUACAGUUAAUAAUACAGUAAUUACUCCAGAAACCACCUCUACUGCUGCACCAACAACUUGGACCUCAACAGCCACAACAACACUUGCUGGAACAUUUAGCACUAGUCAAGCAUUUACGACAACAGCACCACAAUCAACAGUAUCUACCUUUGGAUCCACCGUUCCCUCUUCAACUGCCUUUGAAAGUUCAACUAUUAGUAUAGCCGCAACAUCUACAACAUCGUUCUCAAUUACCACAACACAUUCUCCUGAAACAUCCACCACCAAUGGAGCAAUAAGCACAUCACCACAAUCAACAGUGUCUACCUUCGGAUCAACUGCUCCCUCUUCAACAGCCUUUGAAAGUUCAACUGUUAGUACAGUAGCAUCUACAACACCAUCCUCAACAACCACUGCAAAUUCUGCUCAAACAUCCACCACUAGUGGAGCUUUCACUACAUCAUCACCACAAUUAACAGCAUCCACCUCUGCUUCAACUGCUCCCUCUUCAACUGCCUUUGAAAGUUCAACUGUUAGUACAGUAGCAACAACCUCAAUAACUACAACAAAUUCUGCUGAAACAUCCACCACUAAUGGAGCAAUAAGCACAUCACCACAAUCAACAGUAUCUACCUUUGGAUCAACUGAUCCCUCUUCAACUGCCUUUGAAAGUUCAACUGUCAGUACAGUAGCAUCUACAACACCAUCUUCAACAACCACUACAAAUUCUCCUCAAAUAUCCACCACUAGUGGAGCUUUCACCACAUCAUCACCACAAUUAACAGCAUCCACCUCUGCUUCCACCGCUCCCUCUUCAACUGCCUUUGAAAGUUCAACUGUCAGUACAGUAGCAUCUACAACACCAUCCUCAACAACCACUACAAAUUCUGCUCAAACAUCCACCACUAUUGGAGCUUUCACCACAACAGCAUCACAAACAACAUUAUCUACAACUACUCCAGUGACUUCCACUUCCACCGCUGCAGGAGCUUCCACAACAUCACCACAAGCCACAGUAACUACAUUAUCAUCUUUGACAACUGCUGCACAAAAUGAGGUGUCAACAAGAUUGGUGUUUACCUCUUCUGACACGUUUACCAGUGAACUCAGCAAUCCAGCAUCUACAGCUUUCAAAGACAGGGCUAAUCAAGUGAAAGCAGCACUUGAACCAGUAUACAAGGCCAAGUAUGCCUCCUUCAUAAGACUUAUUGUUUUAUUAUUCAGAUUUGGAUCAGUCAUCACUGAAACAGAGCUAGUCUUCAACUCUACACAGGCUACACCAUCAUCUAAUGACAUUGCAAACACUUUAAUAAGUGCAUCUAAUAAUGUCUCUUCCCUGAACAUAAAUACGGCGUCUGUUACAGUUAAUGAAACAGUAAUUACUACAGAAACCACCUCUACUGCUGCACCAACAACUUGGACUUCAACAGCCACAACAACACUUGCUGGAACAUUUAGCACUAGUCAAGCAUUUACGACAACAGCACCACAAUCAACAGUAUCUACCUUUGGAUACACCGUUCCUUCUUCGACUGCCUUUGAAAGUUCAACUAUUAGUAUGGCCGCAACAUCUACAACACCAUCCUCAAUAACCACAACCAAUUCUGCUCUAACAUCCACCAUUAAUGGAGCAAUAAGCACAUCACCACAAUCAACAGUGUCUACCUUUGGAUCAACUGCUCCCUCUUCAACUGCCUUUGAAAGUUCAACUGUUACUACAGCUGCAUCUACAACACCAUCCUCAACAACUACUACAAAUUCUGCUCAAACAUCCACCACUAGUGGAGCUUUCACUACAUCAUCACCACAAUUAACAGCAUCCACCUCUGCUUCAACUGCUCCCUCUUCAACUGCCUUUGAAAAUUCAACUGUUAGUACAGUAGCAACAACCUCAAUAACCACAACAAAUUCUGCUGAAACAUCCACCACUAAUGGAGCAAUAAGUACAUCACCACAAUCAACAGUGUCUACCUUUGGAUCAAUUGCUCCCUCUUCAACAGCCUUUGAAAGUUCAGCUGUUAGUACAGCUGCAUCUACAACACCAUCCUCAACAACUUCUACAAAUUCUGCUCAAACAUCCACCAUUAGUGGAGCUUUCACUACAUCAUCACCACAAACAACAUUAUCUACAACUACUCCUGUGAUUUCCAAUUCCACCGCUGCAGGAGCUUCCACAACAUCCUCACAAACAACAGUAACUACAAUAUCAUCUUUGACAACUGCUGCACAAAAUGAGGUGUUUACAAGUUUGGUGUUUACCUCUUUGGACACGUUUAGUAGUGAACUCAGCAAUCCAGCUUCUACAGAAUUCAAUACCAGGGCUAAUCACGUGAAAACAACACUUGAACCAGUGUACAGGGCCAAGUAUGCCUCCUUCAUAAGACUUAUUGUUAAAGCAUUCAGAUCUGGAUCAGUCAUUACUGAAACACAGCUAGUCUUCAACUCUACACAGGCUAUACCAUCAUCUAAUGACAUUGCAAACACUUUACUAAGUGCAUCUAAUAAUGUCUCUUCCCUGAACAUAAAUACUGCGUCUGUUACAGUUAAUGAAACAGUAAUUACUACAGAAACCACCUCUACUACUGCACCAACAACUUGGACUUCAACAGCCACAACAACACUUGCUGGAACAUUUAGCACUAGUCAGGCAUUCACGACAACAACACAAUCAACAGUGUCGAACUUUGGAUCCACCGUUCCCUCUUCGACUGCCUUUGAAAGUUCAACUGUUAGUACAGUAGCAACAACCUCAAUAACCAAUACAAAUUCUGCUCUAACAUCCACCACUAGUGGAGCAAUAAGCACAUCACCACAAUCAACAGUAUCUACCUUUGGAUCAACUGCACCUUCUUCAACUGCCUUUGAAAGUUCAACUGUUAGUACAGUAGCAUCUACAACACCAUCCUCAACAACCACUACAAAUUCUCCUCAAAUAUCCACCACUAGUGGAGCUUUCACUACAUCAUCACCACAUUUAACAUCAUCUACCUCUACUUCAAUCACUCCCUCUUCAAAUGCCUCUGAAAGUUCAACUGUUAGUACAGCUGCAUCUACAAUACCAUCCACAAUAACAACAAACUCUGCUCAAACAUCCACCAUUAGUGGAGCUUUCACCACAACAGCAGCACAAACAACAUUAUCUACAACUACUCCUGUGAUUUCCACUUCCACCGCUGCAGGAGCUUCCACAACAUCACCACAAGCCACAGUAACUACAUUAUCAUCUUUGACAACUGCUGCACAAAAUGAGGUGUUUACAAGUUUGAUGUUUACCUCUUUGGACACGUUUAGUAGUGAACUCAGCAAUCCAGCUUCUACAGAAUUCAAUACCAGGGCUAAUCACGUGAAAACAACACUUGAACCAGUGUACAGGGCCAAGUAUGCCUCCUUCAUAAGACUUAUUGUUAAAGCAUUCAGACCUGGAUCAGUCAUCACUGAAACACAGCUAGUCUUCAACUCUACACAGGCUAUACCAUCAUCUAAUGACAUUGCAAACACUUUACUAAGUGCAUCUAAUAAUGUCUCUUCCCUGAACAUAAAUACUGCGUCUGUUACAGUUAAUGAAACAGUAUUUACCACCUCUACUCCUGCACCAACAACUUGGACUUCAACAGCUACAACAAGACUUGCUGGAACAUUUAGCACUAGUCAGGCAUCCACGACAACAAUACAAUCAACAGUGUCAACCUUUGGAUCAACCGCUCCCUCUUCAACUGUCUUUGGAAGUUCAACUGUUAGUACAGCCGCAACAUCUACAACACCAUCCUCAAUAAGCACAACAAAUUCUGCUGGAACAUCCACCACUAAUGGAGCUUUUCCCACAACAUCACCACAAUCAACGCUUUCUACCUUUGGAUCAACUGCUCCCUCUUCAACUGCCUUUGCAAGUUCAACUGUUAGUACAGCUGCAUCAUCUACAACACCAUUUUCAGUAGCAACAUCAACUUCUGCUGGAAUAUCCACCACUAAGGGAGCAGUUACCACAUCAGCACCAUCGUUAACAGCGUCUACCUCUGCUUCAUUCACUCCCUCAUCAACAUCAGCUGCAUCUUCUACAACACCAACCUCAGGAACAACAUUAAUUUCUGUUGGAAUAUCCACCACUAUUGGAGCAAUUUCCACAUCACCACAAUCAACAGUGUCUACCUUUGGGUCAACCGCUUCCUCUUCAACUGGAAGUUCAACUGUUAGUGCAGCCCCAUUAUCUACAUCACAAUCCUCAAGAACAACAUUAACUUCUGCUGGAAUAUCCACCUCUAAUGGAGCCGUUACCACAUCAGCACCACAGUUAACAGACUCUACCUCUGCUUCAACCAUAACCGCCUCUGUUAGCUCAACUGUUAGUACAGUUGGAACAGUCACCACACCAAUAACUACAGUAACUUCAGGACCAUCAACAACCAGAGCGAGUCUCAGCACCACUGCUGCAGUCACAGUAACAACAUCUACAACAUCCCGAACAACUACUACAACUACCACCACAGCAACAGGAGCUGUGGUCCAGACCGAUCUGGUGUUUAGCUCCACUGAUAAUUUUACAGAAGAGCUCCUCGACACCAACUCUAGUCCCUACAAGAGUAGGGUUCUGCUUGUAAAGGAAAAGCUUGAACCAAUCUACAAAAAGUAUCCUGCCUUCAUAAGAGUGGAUGUUAAAGGAUUCCGCCGUGGGUCCAUCAUCACCACAACAAAGAUAAUUUUCAACUACACAACUAAAGACUCCCCAACAACCGAACAGAUCAAAAACGAUCUUGUGAGCGCAGUACAAACAGGAACUGUUGGGGCACUGAACAUAAAUCCUACCUCAAUUACAGUCAACAGUACUGCUACAGCUACAACUACAACCGUUGCGACAACAGUAAUUAAAACCACUUCCAGCGGCCUCAAGAUUGAACCCAGUCUUCUCCAAGUGACAUUCCUCAUUAUUAUGUCAAAAAUAUUAAGACGUUUCCUGUAGAUAACUUAAUCAAAUGUGAAAGUUUAGCAAAAUAUGCGCUAGCAAAUUAAACAUACAGCAAGUUUUAUUGCAUUUAAUAAAGUAUUUACUGUAGUAGCCUGCUCUAAAAAUAUGCUUUAUGACAAUAUACACACAAGCCUGAUAUUGCACUAUUCCUCGAAAAUUAAAUUAUUGAGGUAACAUAAACAAGAUAUUAAUUUAACAGCAGGCUGUUCGAAUAAUGGAAAGGGAAAUUACUUUUUAGAUUUUGAUGCUUUUCUUUGGAAGGAAGAAGUGGAUCUUUUUCCUCUGUAAUUUUCUGAUGAAAGCAGCCAUGAGUUCGACUGCUAGAAGAUAAAAUAGUUUUGUCAUAACUUCUUUUUUUUUGUCUAGUAUAUGCUUAUAUUGCAAGAUGUCAUAUUUUAAUUUAAUCCAAUAAACAUUUAAAUAUUUUGCAAUAAUUGAAAAGCACACUCAGAUGCUAUCUUCAUAUCGAAUAACCCUUUAAAUACCAACAGCCUAGUAUCUGUCUGAUCUAUCUGAUGUUCAUGCAGUCACAUGCAGUGUAAUUUAUUUUGUAGAAUAUUUUGAAUUACAGUAAAAUUUCCCAUUUACAGGAAACUGAUCAAUGUUUAACAAUAACGAAUAUACUGUAUAUAAAUAACAAAUAAAAAUAAAAACAUUUG